AGUAUUUGUCACGUUGCAAUUGGCUGAAGCUGUAUUAAGCUAGCCGCUCUGUGAUUGGCCACCUGACACGUCAAUCAUUCCUCUGGAGGAGUGAAAUAGGGGAGACCAGCGCAAGUCAUUCGACAGAAAGUGAGUCGUGAUCAUCCGGGAGAACCGUGGGUGGAUGGACACCCUUCCGUGUUUACCUCACCUUGGGCGCUGAGAUUACUUGUCCGGCUCAUUGUGGUUUGACUUUUUUUGUGUCCUUUUUUGUGGUGACGUUCCUCGUUUGUGCGCAUUGACCCUGACCGAAAGCGAGACAGACAAGCCGCCCUGAAGGCUAAGCUAGGACGGGUGGGGGUGGAUUCCCCCUAUUUUGACCCGCUUUGGGUAAACGACACAGUUGCCUUCGUAUGAGUAUGACAGCCGUGGAAAGUACAAUUCAUGGAGGCUUCCUUCUGGGAGACAAAUAUAUUUCACUGGGUGAGUACCAGAUGAACCAGCAGGAAAGGGAAGCUUAGCUAAGCUAGUCGGCUAGCUUGCUAGUUGGACGAAGUUGGCUAGCGACAAAUGCGUUACCGGACACAAGGGACACAUACAAGGUUUAAUUAUAUAGAGUUAUUUGAUUUGAAUCCACUGCAAGUGAGCCAUGACAACAUUUGGAUUGUAAAGUGGAGAGGAAUUAAGCCUGGAGCGCCAGCUAGCAGCUUUGUUAGCUUUAAAGUCGAGCUGUAAACAAAGGCUGCCCUGCACACUGACAUCCUCCUGUUUUUAGCGUCGUUAUUGUUCUUGUUAUAAUACAAACCAACAUGGAUUUAAAGACGGCAGUGUUCAACGCAGCCAGAGACGGCAAGCUCCGGCUCCUCCAGAAGCUGUUGGAGAACAAAGAUGGACCAGAGGUGACUAAGCUUAUGGGCGAGAAGACCAACGGCGCCACCCCGCUCCUCAUGGCCUCCCGCUACGGUCACCUGGACCUGGUGGAGUACCUCCUGGAGUGCUGCUGUGCUCCGGUCGAGAUGGGCGGCUCUGUCAACUUCGACGGGGAAACCAUCGAGGGUGCCCCCCCGCUUUGGGCCGCGUCCGCCGCCGGGCACUUGAAGGUGGUGCAGUCCCUUCUGGGCCACGGAGCCUCCGUCAACAGCACCACGCUAACCAACUCGACCCCCCUGAGGGCGGCCUGCUUCGACGGCCACCUGGACAUCGUCAAGUACCUGGUGGAGCACAAGGCGGACCUGGAGGUGGCCAACAGGCACGGACACACCUGUCUCAUGAUCUCCUGCUACAAAGGACACAAGGAGAUUGCACAGUACCUGCUGGAGAGAGGCGCUGAUGUCAACCGCAAAAGUGUAAAAGGCAAUACAGCGCUCCAUGACUGUGCAGAGUCCGGCAGUCUGGAGAUCAUGCGGAUGCUGCUGCAGUACAGAGCGUCCAUGGAGCAGGACGGCUACGGCAUGACCCCUCUGCUGUCCGCGAGCGUCACGGGCCACACGAACAUUGUAGACUACCUGACGACACACCACCAGACCAGCCAUAAGGAGCGUAUCGACGCCCUGGAGCUCCUGGGAGCCACGUUUGUGGACAAGAAGCGAGACCUGCUUGGAGCUUUGAAGUACUGGAAGAAAGCCAUGGACUUCAGGUACAUGGACGGCAACAACGUGGUCCACAAACCGGAGCCCAAGCAGCUGAUCAUGGCCUACGACUACGCCAGGGAGGUGACAAAUGGAGAAGAACUGGACGGGCUCAUAUCAGACCCCGAUGAGAUGCGCAUGCAGGCUCUGCUCAUCCGCGAGCGGAUCCUUGGCCCGCAGCACCCGGACACGUCUUACUACAUCCGAUACCGCGGCGCCGUCUACGCUGACUCUGGGAACUUUGAGCGCUGCAUCAAUCUGUGGAAGUACGCCCUGGACAUGCAGCAGAGCAACCUGGAUCCCCUCAGCCCCAUGACGGCCUCCAGCCUGCUGUCCUUCGCCGAGCUCUUCUCCUUCAUGCUGCAGGACCGGGCCAAGGGGCUGCUGGGGACGUCUGUGUCCUUUGAGGACCUGAUGGGGAUCCUUACCAAGAGCGUGCUGGAGAUCGAGCGUGCCAUACAGCACAGGAGGUCGCUCCCUCUGGAUCCCGCCCAGCUCAGCAAGGCACUCUCCAUCAUCCUGCACCUCGUCUGUCUUUUGGAGAAGGUGCCGUGCACGACGGAGCAGGACCACUUCAAGAAGGAGACCAUCUACAGGUUCUUGAAGCUCCAGCCGCGUGGCAAGAACGGCUUCAGCCCUCUCCACCUGGCCGUGGACCGCAACACCACCUGCGUGGGCCGCUACCCGGUCUGCAAGUUCCCCUCGCUCAUCGUCACCUCCAUCCUUCUCGAGUGCGGCGCCGACGUCAACUGUCGAGACGACGACGAUAACAGCCCGCUUCACACAGCCGCGUCCAACGGCCACUCGGACAUCAUGAACCUCCUGGUGUCGUGGGGGACUCACUUCGACAGCACCAACGCCUUCCAGCAGACGGCCUGCGACCUCCUGGACGAGAAGGAGCUGGCCCGGAACGUGGUCCAGCCCAUCAACCACACCACGCUGCAGUGCCUGGCCGCCAGGGUCAUCAUCAAGCACAGCCUCCGCUACCAGGGGAACAUCCCCGAAAAACUAGAGGCCUUCGUCCAGCUCCACAGAUGAUGACUCACGGAUGGACGAAGAUCACGGUGGAAUCCAGCCUCUGUCUCAAACUGGAGAGCCGGGCAAACGGAGGAUUGGGUGUUGUGGUGAAUUGACACAAAACGCAUCUCCGGAUAAACUCGGCAAAGGAUUUCUACUUGGGUUUUUUUUGUUUGUUUUUUUUGCGCAUUAGGAAAACAAUUUGGCAUAUUCCACAAUGCUAUUUAUUAUCAUCACAUGACACUUGAGAGAUUUUUCUCCAUGCUGGCUCCAACUUCUGCCGCAGGUCUUUUUGUCAAAAACAAAAGAUUGCUGCAGUUUGACAUCUGCUGGAACUUCAGGUCUACCACCCCCCCCCCCCCCCCCUUUUUUUUGUACUUUUCCAACUGAAUUGUCAUGCAAGUGUGGAUAUCUGCCAAGUGGAGGUGUGGAUUCUACAGGAGGGGUCUUUUUUAGGGGGUUGGGGGGCGUGGAGGUUUCCACUUCCAAGUGUAUAAAAAGCUUUACAUAUACUGUCCGCUAACACCGCAAGUGCUUUAUUCCUUCUAUGCACAGGCUAGGCUGUUGGAAAGAGACUGUUUCAGUUUUUAAUUCUGUGUCUGCAGUACCUCGUUGCUCCGCGCCGCUCUUUGCCGUGAAAAGAGUGAAGGACUUGAGAGCUUUUACAGAUCACGGAGGACAAAAUCCCUAAUGAAUUGCACACACAGCUGCCAUAAGAAGCCACAGUGAACAGCCCAGUGAGCACCCCCCCCUCCCCCCAACAUAACAUAAUGUCAUAUCGCAGGACACCCGCACUCCUCAUGAAAGAGUAAGGCUUUGUGAAUUAUCAUGUUUGCACAUUAGCUUUUUAGUGGUGUGUGGAGAAGGGGGGGCGGAAAGGGCUCCCUCCAUCAUUUGUAGGAUUUCAUAAUAUGGAUUUUGGUUUUUCCACCAGAAAAGCUGACAUAGAAAAAUGUAUGACCACUCACAGGGCAACUUGGUCUGAAUCAGCACUUUAAUUCACAGCUGAGAUUAAGAUUGGAUCAUGGCAUUAAUCCUGUUCACAUCUUAACUAAUUUGACAAUAAACUCAUGUUGCACUUGUACGCUUGUCUGCCCAUGUCUUCUUUUUUUAUUUGACAUGCUUCUACAUCCCGAUAUGGCAACCUAGAUUGUUUUCUGAUGGCUAGGUGUUCUUCCAAGGAUGGUCCCGAUAUUGCAGCCCGUUUUUGUCCUGUGAAAGUUUUAUUCCCGCGACCGUAAGCUUCUACUUCUGAACCGCUCGCACGAAAGAGUGGAAAAUGAGUUAAAAUCAAGCACCCCUCCUGUGUUGCUGUUUUUUGUGGGGGGGCAAAUACACCACACGGUGGCGCUGUUAUUAAAAACCGGUAAGUCUGAUUGACUUGAAAUUUCUCACACUGCUCAAGGCACGCUGUGGGGGGGGGGACACUAACUUCUUACUGUUUAGUUUUUGUUUCUUUUAAUUGUGUUUACAUUUUUCAAUCAUUCAACUUUUUUCUCGUAAAAAGUGCAACUUUUCUAGAAUACACUUAUUUUUUCUAUAUAUUUUGACUUUAUUCUUGUAAAAUUGCAGCAAAAAAAAAUUCAGUUUCUGCUGUUUUUUUGCUUUUCCAUUUUCAACUUUCUUGUUGUAAAUUGACUUUAUUCCAAUAAUUUUGACUUUAUUUCCAUAAUAUCACUUUUCCCCCAAGCCUUUUAUGUUUGGGUUUGUUUCUCAUAAUAAUAUGACUAUUCAUUCUUAAAUAUUUCAACUUUAUGCUGCUAAAAUGCCUUCUCAUAGAAAGUGCAACUUUUCUUCUUGAGAAUACACAUUUUGUUGUCUUAAUAUUGACUGUAUUUUUGUGAAAUUACAGCUGUUUUUACCUUGUAAAUAUUACUUUACACCCAUAAUAUUUUGGCUUUGUUCUCAUAACAGAACUUUUUUCCGGAACUUAAUUUCCUUC